AUGUUGCGGCUUUUCAGCCAAAUUCAAGAGGAAGAAUAUAUGAACAUAAAAGAACAACUGCGGGGUGAAAUUCUGAAGAAGCUCCGUCAAUUGGAGAAUGAAUGCUCGGAUAUGACCUCACUAAAUCGUGGCUUAGGAAUAAAUGUGGGGACAAGUCUUAGACCUUUACCCAAUGAGGUUCAUGCUGCCUAUAAACGGGCUAUGUUUAAGUUCCAUCAAGACCGUGCAUCAAAAACCGACCUAUGCGAGCAUGUUAAGGCGAAGGAGAAGUGUAAGCUCAUCUCAUGCAUGAAGGAGAAGUUUUGUAAUACUUCAUGGCACUGGAUAAAUUCCAUCCUCAGAAUGGAUAUGAUUGGUGUUUUAAUUUAA